AAUGCAACACUUUUAGAUUUCUAUGCAGGUCAUUGUACAAGAACUUUCCUUGAUCAAAUUAUAUUGCAUUUUUCAUUUUAAGUACUACAGAAACGAUUUUCUGAAAGGAAAUGGAUUGGACUGGACUUGUUUCCAUAUCACUCCUCUUUAUUCUUCUGACUGUGUUCAUUUUGAAAAUGAGCAGUUCCUGGAAUAACAACUCCCCAAAUCUUCCACCAGGACCAAGAAUUUUACCCCUCCUUGGAAAUCUCCACAUUAUGGAUCUGAAAAGGCCCCACAGAACAAUGUUAAAGUUGUCAAAAGUAUAUGGCCCAAUCUUCAGGAUUCAAAUGGGAUUCCAGAAAAUGGUGGUACUGACUGGGUACAACACAGUAAAGGAAGCUCUGGUGAAUCAAGCUGAUGCAUUUGCAGAGAGGCCACAUAUCCAGCUUUCUGACGAAAUUGCAGAGGGCUUCGGUAUCCUUUUUUCUCAUGGGGAGAACUGGAAAGUGAUGCGGCGGUUUACAUUAUCUGCAUUACGGGACUAUGGAAUGGGCAAGAGAACUAUAGAGGAUAAAAUAAUUGAAGAGUGCAGCUUCCUGAUAAAGACAUUUCAAUCUCAUGAAGGACAACCAUUUGAGAAUACAGCCAUUAUGAAUUCCGCUGUUGGCAAUAUCAUAGUGUCCAUUCUACUUGGCAAGCGAUAUGAGUAUGAAGACCCCACAUUUCAAAGACUAUUAAAGUUAGUCAAUGAAAACGUUCAGCUUGCAGGAAGCCCUUCUGUCUUGCUCUAUAAUAUGUUCCCCAUGUUCGGCUUCCUUUUUGGUGCUCGGAACAGAGUCCUGAAUAACAGAAAGGAGCUGCAUGCUUUCAUACAGGCCACUUUCAUAGAACACCUCAAAGCUUUGGAUAAAAAUGACCAGAGGAGUUUUAUCGACUCGUUUCUUGUCCGACAGCAAGAGGAGAAGAAAAAUGAGACGAAAAGGUAUUUUCAUAAUGAAAACCUAACUGUUGUUGUGAGUAACUUAUUUGCUGCUGGCACAGAGACAACUUCAACCACUUUGCGCUGGGCCAUGCUACUAAUGAUGAAGUAUCCUGACGUUCAGAAUAAAGUCCAUGAAGAAAUUUCAAGGGUCAUUGGGUCUGCUCAGCCAAGAAUAGAACAUCGAACAAAAAUGCCCUAUACCGAUGCAGUAAUCCAUGAAGUUCAAAGAUUUGCUGACAUUGUUCCAGCAAAUGUAGCACAUGCAACUACAGUGGAUAUAACUUUCAAAGGCUUUUUCAUUCCCAAGGGUAUGCACAUUGUUCCGUUGCUGUCAUCGGUGCUCCAUGAUGAAUCUCAGUGGGAGAAACCUUAUGAAUUCUAUCCUGAGCAUUUUCUUGACUCUGAAGAAAGAUUUGUGAAAAAAGAUGCGUUCCUGCCUUUCUCUGCAGGUCGGAGAGUAUGUUUGGGUGAGACGCUUGCCAAAAUGGAGCUCUUCCUGUUCUUUACCAGCCUCCUGCAGAGGUUCACUUUCCAACCACCCCCUGGAAUGUCAAAAGAAGAUCUGGACUUGACCCCUGCAAUUGGGUUUACAGCUCCUCCCCUGCCUUAUAUGUUGUGUGCUCUGCCUCGUUCAUAAGAUGAAUCAUAACCCAGUUUCUAGAUUCCUUCACUUCCAUAUCUAUAUUUGUAAGGCUUUCCAGUCUUCUCUACCAAGCAUAUUUUGGUGUAGUCUCUUGGUGGAAAAGCGCUACGAUUAUUCAUACAUUUUAAAGCUUACAUGCUGCUUUGCAAAGCACAACAAAAGUGGAAUUGAGAUAAAAGCUAGCUUAAAAAUGGACUGUCCAUAAGGACUGCUUAUGAUGUUCUCUGUAUAAUAAGUAAUAAAACUAAUCAUCAUCAUCAUCAUCAUCAUCAUCAUCAUCAUCAUCAUCAACCAAACUGUGUCUUUGAGUCAAUAAAAACACCAGGUUAGGUGACAAACUGCUCAUUAUGUAAAAAAAUGUAAGUAGUGAAAAAGAGACAGACAAAAUGUGUCAGUUCAAUAUAUAACACUUCUCUAUA